AAAAUCGACAAGUUGUCCUCAGACCUGAACGAGAGUGAUUUUUGUGUGGACCCACAGGUACAAACAAAGCCACGAAUUGAGCCACGGCUCAAUUGGUGGAGCUUUCGGCUUCAGGGAUAAGCCCUGAGACUAAGCUAUUGGAUGAAUAGACUUCCAAAAAUAACGGCCCAAAAAGCAAACUGGGAAAACUAUCAUACAACACAAUUGAAAGUCCGCAUCAGAUGUGUUCCAAUCAGCCAUUGCGGCACUCGAGUACCAACUCUCCAAGGCGUCGCGCGCCAACUUCUGGAGUUCGGAACGCUUGUUCUUCGGUUGUUUCGAGCGAGUUUUCCAACACUCGCUCAAGCUGCUCCUCACGGCUGCGCCGGCUUGCCUCCAUGUCAAAUGCCUUUGGGCAAACACUCAUUGCCAAGUAACGGAAAAUUUCAUAAUAAUCAGGUUCAGAACAAUCAACCUCAGGCAGAGUCGCCCAUGCUUGAGGUCUUUGAACAUUGCCCCUGGGGCCAGCCAUUGUCAAAGCCAAAGAAUUUAAACGGCAUGUUGUGUUGAGGGGCGAUUCUAGGUUCGAGAGCUCGUAUGCUUCUAGGUUCGAGAGCCCGUAUGCUUGCCUGCGAGUCUACGGAACUAUAUAGCGACCUUAGGUACCUGGUUGGUCACUGCGCCUAGUGACGUCCAAAGCUUCUCGAAUUUCAAGCUUUACAAGCGGCAAUCGGCUCUAGGACGAGUCUUACAAAGGCAUCGUUCAGUCGCUUUGCCUCGACGGCCGAAGUUCCCGUCUCCACACCCAAGGAACGACCACUCACGGCCAAAAGGCAGCACCUGAUCGAGUCGACAAAGACAGAACCAACAAGGCCCCUGAGUUGCAUGGCUUUCGUGCCUUCGACCUCCUUCAUGACGUCCCAGUGCACCUUGGUGAGUGUUGUCGCUUUCCGCAGCUGGCUGCUGCUGAAAAGUGGCCGCCAGUGCGCCACCUCAAGCAGAACCACCCCCAGGCUGUAGAUCUCGGCGACCUUGGUCCAGCCUGACUGUGCCACAGAUGGGUGUCGGUAGUAGUCCAACCCACCUUCGUUACCAGUACCGCCAUCGCCGCCCCAUUCCCCCGCCUCCAGGGAGUUGUCGUCUGAGGGCCGACUGUACUGGAACCCACAGAUGUAGGGUGAGGUAACAUCUGACGAUGGUGACGAUGGUGACGAUGGUGACGAUGAUGACGAUGGGCUACUCCCCCACGCUGCGGCGGAAGAGGGCCACGUGCCUGGGCCGAAAAGUACGUUGCUACUGCGCAUGGACUUGUGAAGCCAGUCGGACACAUGCAGGAGCGAUACGGCAGAUGCAAGCCUGUACGCCAGUGCGAGGCGGUCGCCUAGCGGCGGACGAGAGUGGUGCAACUUGGCAGCCUGUAUGAGAUCAAGCAGUGACGCUGGCACUUGCCGGGCUGGUGACCUCGGAGGUAGGCGGUAGACAAAUCCGAUGCGUUGCACCGAGCCGUCAGUACUCUCUUCAUGGGACCUGUCGCGGUACAGGCCUAGGGAUUCAAACAGACAGAAGUCGGCAGCGGCCCCAGCUGAGCAAAGUAGGGUUCCGAGCGCCUCAAUACGGGUAAGAAUUUCGGCUUGAGCUGGGUUCCCAGCUGUCACUACCUUCCACUCCACCAGCACUGGCGUCUUUGUUUUCCCUUUUUUCUGGUACUCGCCCAUGUAUCUCGACUUCGCUUGGCUGACGUCGGCAUGGUCAUGGACCUCGAAGCUUUCCAACUCGGCCGUAUUGAUAUAAGUAACCCGCUUGGCCGCCUCCUCCACCUUUUCGGCCUGUAUGGCCUUGGCCCGCGCGAGCAGCUUGACGAUGCUGGACGGUGUUCUCUUCUCGGACCCAUCGUCAUCGGAUGCCAGAUUGCUUUUAUCUUUUGCAAUUCCCUCCUUUACUUGCACAAUAACCUGGUCAAUGAGUUGUUGUAUAUUGAUACUGCUUUUGACAAUUGAGGGAAGAAAUCUUUCGAGCCCAUCCAGGACGGUCGUGGCGAUUUGUGCCUCGUUAAGCUCCUUGGGCCUGACACGGACCCAAAAGUCGUCGAGCUCCUUGAGUACGCCGGCCACGACGCGAGCAGCUUCGUCCUCUUCAGCCUUUGCGAGGUCCCAAAGGUCGUUGUUAAGUUGUGCUAGCUGUUCAACAAGCUUCUGGAAUUCCUCUUUGUGCGAUAGGCACCAGCGAAGCCGGGACCUAAAACUAUUGGGCUUCAGUGUCUUCUGCUCCUUCAGCAUCGCGACCCAGGAGCUUUUUGAUUCGGGAGCAACGAGACCAUCGCCUGUGGUGGCCGCGGGGGUUCCCGGCUGCUCUUCGCCCAGGUUGUACUUAUCGAGGAACUUGGAUGCGGCGAAUUGCUGUCUACGUUGGACUUCAUUCAAAUGGCUUAGAAAAACUUCUUGGUCCCUACGAGGCCGUUGAAGCAGGAUACACGCCCCAUCCGGCUCGUCAACCUUGCAAUACCGGCCCAGCUGUUCGAAUUUGAAGGCCUCGAAGCGGUAGCGUAGGGCCAGGUAAUGAAGCCCGGUGUCCUCAAGGAAGAGGUCGGAAAGCGCGUUAUAUCCAUCCAGCGCCCCUUUGAAGCCGAACAGAAGCCCGGCAGCCCCGAGAGCAGUACCAACGGCAAAUUCCAUAAGCCUUUCUUUUCGGUUGUUGUCCUAAUUUUGUUGGUUAUCUUCCUUGGCGGAGGUGUUCGAACUGUCAACCCUUGAUGUCGGUCCUGGUCGCAUCUUGCCAGGCUUCCGGCGUGCGCAAAUGUUAGUUUUUACACCUCUUAGAUUGAUUUCCUUUUCUUUAGAAUAAGCCUACCAAACCUUUUAUCCAAUCAUAGGAAACAAUUCAAGUACGAAUUGGGAACAGCCGCCAAGCUGCAACCGCAAAGCUACGUGGCUGUUCUUUAUUUGAUCGCACCCGUGGUGGUUGCGAACACUGUACUACUUCAAACUUUGGGUGUCGCCAAUGAGAAGAAAUAAUCGAUGACCCCUCUCUAGAUGGAGAUCUUAUUUGUUCCUCACCUUCUCACUACCGUGGCCUGCUUUCUCGGGUCUUCCCCACCUUCACCAUGCCCGAUGUGUCAUCGUUCUGGCCGGAGUCUUCCUCCUUUGGGCUCUACGCGUUGACAAAAUCCGGAAGCGAGACGGCUGAGAGCGACGUGAAUGAGCUCUCGCCGCUGGCAACGAACCCUGAAGCAUCCGCCAUUUUCGAACUAGCUGUUCAUCUGAACUUACCCUCGCGCGAUGUGCCAUAUCUCAUGGAUAUCAGGUCUUCUGAGACGGACCUUUUGCACCCCAAGUACGGGCGGUUCUCAACGCUCACUAUGCUCGGCACGGGUGCAACCUGCGGCGUGAUGCUGUACCGCACCGGGCCCGUCGAUAGGGCCCUUUGCCCUCCAGGAACCCUUAUUGCUGUUAAGAGAUACCACCCUGUCCACGAGGAGCAACACGCGGAUGCCUGGAAGAAGACACAUCAACUGUUGUGGCGAGAACUGAUAACCUUGUGUCAUCCACUUCUGAAAGAUGACGAAAACGUUUGUAAUUUGAUUUUCGUUAUAUGGGAAGACGCGAGCUUGCUACCGGCCCUGGCUCUCGAAUUCGCGGCAUACGGAAGCCUUGAAGACUGCCUCCAGGACAUACGGUCAUACAGCCCUUCGUUGAGGAAGGCCCAUCUUAGCCUUGACAUCGCAGCUGGUCUUACUGCCAUUCACCAGUGCGGCCUAGUCCACGGCGAUAUAAAACCAGCCAAUAUCUUGAUCUAUCAUCACAAUUCCAGGCUUAUUAUUGCCAAAAUAUCAGACCUUAACGGUGUUGCACCUGCGACCAGAUACGCCUCUGUUGCCUAUACGAUGGCAACCCCAUCCUGGCAGGCCCCGGAGGUUGUGUGUACUCCUAAAGAGCUCGUCAACUACCGACUAGCAGACGUUUAUUCCUUUGGCAUGGUGCUGGCAACGAUGUGGACCAAGGCCGGCUGGAUCCCCCGCGGCGGCUGCGUUAUCGAUGCGUGCCUCAUGUGGAAUCUUAGUAGGCCAGAUCGUGAAAGAUUCAUCCAGACAGUGAAGCUGAUGCCGGACGAUCGGGAGAAGAGUGCGUUAAACAUAUCUCUGAAAAUGACGCGUGCAGAGUUGGUUGAGCUCUUGCCCUUGGCAGAUAUCAUCAAAAACACGCUGUCCACGUUGCCACUCACCCGUUCGCCAAUGGAAGACAUCUUAAGAGCCCAUUUUGUGGGCUUUGCUCACGCACACGCGCGAGUUAGCCAACCUACAGAAACCAACAGUAAGAUAUGGAACGACCGAUCGGGGCCCCCUUUACCGCUCCUGACGAGCUACAAUCAGCAAAGUGACAAAUUUCGGCGAAAUAUGUUCUGCAGCAUUUUGCGAGCGGCUGAGGAGCGGGAAAAGACAAUCUCAAUGCCCUUUGAAGGAUUCGACGACCUCAUUGACAGACCUGAGGAUGAUGAGCAAUUACUGUUGGAACAUAUCAAGGCUCUGUUUCAAGCAAACCGCAAGAAGUUUCUAUUUAACCCCGAGGCUCGCAAACUGGGCUCCCUGGCGCAGAAUCUGGCACUGUCACUUUUUUUAGGGGUUGGGAUACAAGAGGAUGAAGUCAUGGCAAUGAGGUGGCUUUCAUUUGGUGCUCUCGCGGGCGAUGGGUAUUGUCCGUUUUGGUAUGCAAUAUUCGAGGCCUCAACUGCCUCGAGGCGGCAAGAACCACGGACCUCAGGUCCUCUUCCGCAGCGGCUUUGGUGUGCACUGGCCGCCCUCAACGGCUUGCCGUCGGCCUGGAAGAGCUUUGCGACGAGCAGUCCCCAACUUCGUCCGGCAAUGGAAAGGCUCAUGCGGCAAAUGUUUUGCGGCGGCCAGAGAGGGACGCGCGCGUUUGACUCCAAGUCUCUACUAACCCUCCACGAAUCUCUGAGACAAAACCCCGAACUAGCCGGGCUGCCAGCUUUCAUCGGGCAAAAACAAGAUCCCCGCGGGACAACGCCGGUGCACAUCAUCGCUGCCUCAGGUGGAGUUGAGAUGCUUGACUCCCUCCUAGCGAAAAUCGGCUCGGAAGGAUUUGUCAACAUCAAGAACUCGCUUGGAGAGACGCCAAUGUUCUACGCCCUUCGGGCGGGGAGAGAUGAUAUCGCACGAUACCUCCACAGCAAGGGCGCGUCAGUCUCAGACGUCAGCACCGAGGGGCUAACGCCCAUGCACUGCCUCAGCGCGGUCAUGAUCGAAGACGAAGAGGCGGCAAAGCUUGCACUAACUUUUUCCCGCGGUGACGCGAAGCUCGAUACGGUGGCGUUCAAACGAGACCUAGAGACUGCUGUCUACACUGCGGACUUGGCAGCAGGUACUCCCUUGUUUUGGGCCGCAUUCGAGUCUCGGCCGCUACUUUUCUCUGCGUUACUGGAACUGCAUGCGAGACCGGGUCACCAUAUACAUCGGAGAGACUACGACUGGCUGGUUCAGAUCCUGGCAUGUCUCAACCAGCACGAGAUGCUCAUGGGAGCCCUCGAAGUGCGGGACCGUGUCACGGAGGGUUCAGAUUCAGCCAAAACAGAAAAGGCGCCGACAACGCAGCAGCUAGGACAACGGCUCGAGGUCUAUUACUUUCAAACUCCUCGCGAAUGGAUUCUUGACGGUUGUCCUCGUGUAUUUUACACCAGACUCCUGUGCUCUGUCCUUGCUCCAAACCCCCGUUUGCUUUGGUAUCGACGGAUUUUGCAUCUUGAACGCCUCGCAGAAGCUAAGAGGCGGACCGUAGAGCUGCUUUUAAGGCAUGGCGCCAAACCAGAAGGUGAUGACUAUGGAGAGGUUCCUUUGAAACAAGCCAUCCUCAGCCGCGACACAGUCCCAUUUAAAAUGAUGCUGGAGCACCUGAUAGUCUCUGUCGGUCGCGAAACGGUAGAAAAGCACUUUUCUGAUCAUCUUGUAUAUGAUGGGCAGAACGCGCUCAUGCAAGCAAUCGAGUCUGACGCUCGGGAGAUCUUCAGGCUUCUCAUAGAAAAGCAUCCCUCCUUGGUAAAUUUUAAAUCAUCCAAGGAUGGGAAAACGCCCUUGCACACCGCAGCCAGCUCGACCUGGCCGGGAUUGGUACAGGCGCUGCUUGCGAAAAGGGGCGACCUCUUGACCCUUCGGGACCAUCUCGGUCUGACCGCGUUCGCGGAGGCCAUAAUGGUCGGCCCGAACCUCGAGGCCGCCGCCGAAAUAGCCCGUCACCUGACUAUCGCUGGAGCAGAAGUCCUAAGAGCGGUUCUCGGCCCGGAUCCAACUAGCGGAUUCACUUUAUUCGGCCAGGUGGUGAUGUACCUGGCCCGGCACUGCAGCGACCGCGGGAUGUAUCGACUCCGCUUCCUUGUCCAACGUUACGGCCCGCCGUCUUUUUUGCCAUCAGUGGGCAAAAGCUGCAACAUAUUCGGGUUAGUCAUAUGGCAGCGCCCAAUGCCAACCCACGUCGAGGCUGUGGCGCUGCACCGCAGCUUGCUCCAGUACCUACUGGAGCUUUUUCCUGAUAAAAUCAAUUACGUCGAUGACGAAGGUAUGGCUCCCCUGCACUGGGCCACUCUAUUCUGCGACAUGCCCGCUGUGGAACUGCUGCUCAAGAUGGGAGCCAAUUCGUCCCUCGAGGUCGCCGCCGGAGCGAUGAUGGGACUCACCGCGUUCGACCUGGCUGUGAAUCUACCCCAGUUAGCGGCCCUUGCAGGAAUACCCACCCUUGGAGGCAAGAAGGAAAAUGACCUCUGGCAGGUGAACCUUGAAAGAAUCCUCAAGCUGCUGAGCGUGGGGGACGAAUCCAUAGCCACGGUUGCGGAAGCAAUUGCCAGGACAGCCCCCGACUUCGGGGCGAGCACAAAGUCGCAUGAAGACCUUGUGCGUGGCAAGCCGGUGCCGCUGGAUGAAGGCGGAAGCGAGGAAUACCGCCGAAGGAUCCCCAGGGAGCCCAGCAGCUCACCAUCCCCGUCCCCAACGCAGGAUGGGCCGCCAGGGACCUCGUUGUGGAGCUACAUAAGCGUCGACGGCCUAACAAAGUUUUGCAGCGCCGGGGAGGGACCCGCUAUCCCUCCUGAGAGGUACCUCAAAGAGAGGCCAGUUCCGCCAGCGGCCUUUGCUGCGGAUUUGCAAGCUGAGAACCGUGCAAUGAUACGGUUCAGGAACAAGAUGGACAUCAUUUCCGUUUAUGCAAGCCACGCCAGGCAACAUCUCCCGGCUGACUGGGGCGUCCACAUAAAGCCGGACUUCAAUGCGGUGUAUUACAAGAAUAUCAAAAGCGGGAUAACGACGUCUGAGUUCCCUGGAGGUUUGAAGCCUGUGAUGAAGAACCAUGAAGUGUUGCAAAGAUGGAUUAACAGCCUUUAGUAACCGGCUUGGGGCAAUGAUUAACAUUCCGUGUCGAGAUAAGUUGAAAGCUUAAAAGGGCAAAAAGAUAAAGCAGUCUGCCAGGGAGCCACCAACAUGGGCGACCGCCUUGGCAGCCGGGACACAGCCCUAGCCCUCCAUCCAUACCGGGAUACUGUGCUUACAACCAACAGCCGUGGAGAGCAGUUCUGCUUGGCCAUUGUGUGAAUCACCACAAUCUCAGGUGUUUCAUAAGCUGGCAGGAAAACGCCGCAAGACACAGAGUAUUGGCAACCGACUCAUUGAAAAGCAUGCAGCCAGACUUGGCCUUCAUAUCUUUGUUAAGGGGAAAGGUCGAGCUCGAAAUAAACUUAGUAGUUGCACAGGGGCCAUGGCUUUUCUCUCUCUCUCUCUCUCUCUCUCUCUCUCUCUCUCUCUCUCUCUCUCUCUCUCUCUCUCUCU